AUAAUCAGCUAGCGAUUUGCACUUGAUUACAUGAGACAGUGGUUUUUUGUGUGGACUAAACACCAUAAACUACAACAACAGAGUUAUCAAUUUAGACUUGGUUUUAAUUUUAGGGUGUUGAAAUGAAUGAUUUCCAACCACCAGCCAGUCUCCGUGUAGCUUGUGGGCCCAAUUUCAAACAGCGCUUCUGGAGGCAGGGUAUUCAGGGCUUGAUUUUCUGUCACCGAAAAGAACAACAAUGACAUCCCAAGUCAAGAUGGAAGACACAACGGAUGGCCUUUCCAAAGAAAAAAGUUGUCAUGACAACACAAACAAAGAUGUAGCAGGGACCAGCUCUAAUGCUCAAGGAUUCCGGCGCUCUUCCCGGAGACGUGUUGCCCCACCCGUCUUCGUGCCCCAACAGAAAAGGAAGGUCUACAGACACUGGAGCCCCGCAGAGAAGUUUGCGCUACUAAGAUAUUUGAACAGGUUAAACAAUCGUGAGAUUCCUCGUGCUACCGUGUUUAACCGCUAUCCCUACGGACUUAUCAAGAAACACAUCAAGACGAAAUCGCUGGAUGAUAUUAGGAUGAUUCUAUCCAGGCUGGAGCGUAGAGGAGCAGCUGCAGCACUAUUGCGGAUGAAACAGCAGAGUCCAAUUGAGAGUUGGUGCAAAAUGGCAGAUAAUCUGACAGUUCUCACAGGUGACGACAGCUCUCGUCAUUUGAUUCGGGUAUGCAGAGUCAUGGCACUUGAAAGCAUCGACGACGACAGCUCUGAUAAAAAGGUAAAAAUCACAAAGAAGAAAUUUGCAGCUUCGGACGCUUCAGAUGCUUCACCCAAUUCAGCUUCUGCAUCUACCUCUGCGGACACCUCAACCACUCAGAAUUCUAUAUCCACAUCCGAAAGGACCUUGACAGCAUCGUCAAGUCAACCUGAAGAGCUCGGGACCGGCCAAGACGCCAUCGAGACGCCCUGUGAGGAUACAACAGGGAAACCUAAAAAGAAAAUUGGGAGGCCACCCAACAAGAAAGUCGCCAAAAAGCAAGAAAAGGACAAGAUUUUAGGCGACCCGGAUUAUGAAUCCAUCUAUAAGUACAUAGGGGGUUUGAUGCAAGGCGAGCAAAAAGAAAUCGGAGGACUAGAAUCCCUCAUUGUUUUGGAUUGCCUGAAGUCCAUAGAAGUGCAACUCAAAGGAAGAAACAACGCAGAACAAAAAAACUUUGUACAGAAACGCUUCGUUGACAUUCUUCAAAACUUGUAUCUGACUGUGAACAAUGAUGGUGAUAAUGCAGUUGGAGUUCCUCCAACUAUCACAACAGAAGAUCUGAUUGGUUCAGGGAGUAGCCAAUCGCAGGCAAGAUCAAAUAAGCCUGUCCAAUCAGUGGACUCAAACACUGCAGCAGCAAUGAACCAAUCAGAGGGUACCUUUGAUGGCCAAUCGGCUACUGAUUCAGGGCAGCCGGGCCAAUCACAGAGUUCGUCUCAUUCAUCAAUGCAGCAGACUGUGCCAAGUGAGACUGCACAUCUAAAAGCGGACCCCAAGAAGUUUAAAACUAUCGGCCUAGGGAGCAUCAAUCCAUUCAAUGUACCAGUUAAGUUACUAGAAAUAAGAAAAGACAGGUAAUGACAUCAUUGAAACCUAACAUAAGGCUGACCCAAGACAGUUUAAAGCUAUCGGCCUAGGGAGCAUCAAUCCAUUCAAUGUACCAGUUAAGUUACUAGAAAUAAGAAAAGACAGGUAAUGACAUCAUUGAAACCUAACAUAAGGCUGACCCAAGACAGUUUAAAGCUAUCGGCCUAGGGAGCAUCGAUCCGUUCAAUGUACCAGUUAAGUUACUAGAAAUAAGAAAAGACAGGUAAUGACAUCAUUGAAACCUAACAUAAGGCUGACCCAAGACAGUUUAAAGCUAUCGGCCUAGGGAGCAUCGAUCCGUUCAAUAUACCAACAUGGUCGGCCAUUUUAUGGAUUAAAUUUGUGUACACAAAAUGGCCGACCGUGUAUCUUAGCGACAUUACAGGAACACCGUGCAAUUUCCAGGCAUGUUUGUGUGGAUCAUUAUAGGCCUAGUCUACUUUUAAAUUAUCUAUCUAACACAUGCACUUCAUAACAA